AUGGAGAUAGAAGAAAUUUAUAGCCUUACAAUUUUUCCACCAGUUACAUCAAAAUUUGCAGUUCAGUGGUCUAAAGAUAACCAUAUAUCCAUCCUUACUGAAAAAGGAAUUCAUAUAUUUGAACUGAUACCUUCUCCAAUGUCUCCUUGCUCAACUAUAAAAUUUUUUAGAACUUUCAUUUAUGCUCCAUCAAUAUUUCCAACAGAGAAUAUAUCUAACAAUAUAGAAUCAAAAAUUUGGAAUAUGCAUCAUGAAGUAUUGUAUUCAUUUAUAAUGGAAGAGAGUUUAACUCCCAAACUAUCUAAUGUAAAAGAAAUGAUACCAAAAAUAGUUGACUUGUUAUGGUCACCACAAAAUCUAAUAUGUCCAAGCAAAUGUCUUAUUGCAAUUUUAACUUCAGCAGGUGCUGUUAUGAUUGCAUAUAAAAUUUCUAGAAAUUGGUAUCCUGCAUAUGAUUUAUCUUCUGUACGCUAUAAUAUUAUGGAGCAAGAAAUUAAUUUCAAACUAAAAGAAAAUAUAAAUAAUCCAGCUUUAUUUGAAACAUUUAAAAUUUGUAUAAAAGCUUUACAAGCUUCUUGUUUUACUUGGAGUCAGCUUUUUGUAGAUUUUGCAUAUCUUGCUGUUGCAUAUCUCAAUGGUGAUAUAGUUUUUUAUAAAAUUCCAAGAAUAUCUGAUUAUAAUGAGAUAAUAAACCCUAAAAUUGCGGGGACAAUAAGAUUAAAUGAAUAUGUAAAAAUAAGUGCUUUACAUUGGAUUACAAUUGAUAUAAAAAAACAUUUAAUCAUUCUUGGAUAUUUGGAUGGACGUAUUUAUGGUCUUAAUGUUGAAUACAAUAAUCAAAACCUUCAAGAGAAAUUCAUUGAAAAGUAUUAUAACUAUACUGAUCGUAUUCCUAUUAGUACAAUAAGAAUAUUUCCACGAAAUGACUUAAAUAUAAAGAUUCUCAUUACAAAGGGUAAUUUUCUAUUUUUAUUAUGCUUUAUGGAAAAUGGUACACUGAAAAGUAUGCAACAUUUACAAUUAGAAGGUUUCAUGAUUUCAGGAAUGAUUUGUAUAAGCACAAAUUAUGCAUUAGUCACAACAGAAAAUGGCUCCAUGUUUGCAAUUAAUACAGAAGAAGAUCAGUUCUUGAAAAUGAAAGUAAAUAAUAAAUUAUCGCAAGUUCAUAUGCGAUAUUUAGGCCUUGCACAUUCUCCAAGUUCUGUAAUUUUUAUAAAUAUAACUACACCAAGCACUAUAUAUGACCAUUUAGUAUUGAAGGAACCAACCAAAAUACAUAUGUUUUGUUUCAAAAAUAAGAACUGGAACCCAUCAUUUGUUUUAAAUCAAACCAAACAUGAAAGAUUAGAACAACUUUGGGACUGUUUAGAAGCAAUAAGGAUAAAAGCAAUUAGAGCAUCAGAUGCAUCAACUGUAUUGCCAAAAGUAUCAUUUAAUUUGGAAUCUUUAUCUUUGCAUGAAUUGCGAAUAGUAAUGUGGACAUCUGUAAUGAUGGAAAUUUGUGAGAAAAGGAAAAUGAUUCAAGGAAUAGGUAGUAUUGCUGGAGAAAUAUCAGAAGCUCAACCUUUAAUUUUUGUUCAUACUGCUUGCAAUUAUCUUAUGUAUCUUGUAAGGAAAUCUUUUUUGUCGGAACAACAGAAACUUUCUAUGAGUUUAUUAAAAAUGUAUUUAGAAGUAUAUUUGGCUGGAGAAGAAGAUGAAAAAGUUACUCCACUAUCCAAAUGUGUUAGAGACAUUUUAAAGAAAAUAUCCCACCUUAAUUUAAACAUUAUUGAAACUUGCAAUCUAUGUGGUGAAAUAAUAAACGAUCUUUCCUGGAAAGUUACCAAAUGUUCACAAGGCCAUAUAUUGCCUAGAUGUGCUAUUACUCUUUUACAAAUAACUAGUGUGGAGUACAGAAUAUGUCCAAUAUGUGGUUUAAUUUUUCAUUCAUGUUUGGAUGAAGAAUUUAGGGAAACGAGAUGUCUUUUUUGCGAUGUACCUGCACUUGAAGAAAACAGAAUAUUGGGCUCAAAAUAUUACGUGACAAAGGAAAAGAGUUUAUCUAGACCACAAAAUCAUAUCCUAGGUGCGUCAGAAGAUCGAGAAUUAGAGACGGUGAACGAUGAAUCCUAA